AUGGCAGAGGCGGAGUUGCACAAGGAAAGGCUGCAAGCCAUAGCAGAAAAAAGAAAGACGCAGACUGAAAUAGAAGGCAAGCGCCAGCAGCUUGACGAACAGAUACUUCUGCUGCAGCAUUCCAAGUCCAAAGUGCUUCGGGAAAAAUGGCUGCUGCAGGGUAUCCCCGCCGGAACUGCCGAAGAGGAGGAAGCCAGGAGGCGGCAGUCUGAGGAGGAUGAGUUCCGAGUCAAACAGCUGGAAGAUAACAUCCAGAGGCUGGAGCAGGAAAUACAAGCGCUAGAAAGUGAAGAGUCCCAGAUAUCUGCCAAAGAGCAAAUCAUCCUAGAGAAACUAAAGGAGACAGAAAAAUCCUUUAAGGACUUUCAGAAGAGCUUCUCCAAUGCGGAUGGAGAUGCAGUAAAUUACAUUUCCUCCCAGCUCCCCGACCUGCCAAUGCUCUGUUCACGAACAGCAAAACCAUCACCUGGGCAGGACGGGACUAGCAGAGGAGCUGCUGUGUACGCCAUGGAAAUUAAUGUGGAGAAAGACAAACAAACAGGAGAGACCAAGAUUCUCUCUGCAUCCACCAUUGGCCCAGAGGGGGUCCAUCAGAGAGGAGUCAAAGUCUAUGAUGAUGGUACCAAAGUAGUGUAUGAGGUGCACUCGGGAGGCACUGUGGUAGAAAAUGGAGUGCACACGUUAAGCUCAAAGGAUGUAGAAGCACUUAUUCAGAAGGCGGGACAAUCAAGCUUCAGAGGAGGGCACGUGUCAGAAAGAACUGUGAUCGCAGACGGGAGCCUCGGCCACCCGAAGGAACCCAUGCUCUGCAAGGAAGCCAAGUUAGAAAUGGUACAUAAGUCUAGGAAGGAUCAUUCUUCCGGGACCCCAGGGCAGCAGCCCCCAGCCCCCAGCACAGAAGGGCCCGAGGCCAACUUGGAUCAGCCAGUCACCAUGAUUUUCAUGGGCUACCAGAAUAUCGAAGACGAAGAGGAGACGAAGAAGGUGCUAGGCUAUGACGAAACCAUCAAGGCGGAGUUGGUCCUCAUUGAUGAAGACGAUGAGAAGUCAUUGAGGGAGAAGACCGUGACGGACGUGUCCACCAUCGAUGGGAAUGCAGCCGAGCUUGUGUCCGGGAGGCCGAUCUCGGAUACCACAGAGCCCUCAUCCCCAGAAGGGAAAGAAGAGAGCCUGGCCACAGAGCCAGCCCCAGGUACCCAAAAGAAAAAGCGCUGUCAAUGCUGUGUUGUCAUGUGACCACUUCUUUCUUCCCUUUUCUUCUGGGCAGCCUCUGGGCUCUCCACCACUUCCGUAGACCUCACUGUACCACUAACGGCAAUACUGUCAGCUGGAAGCAAACACCUGCCUUGCCUUGCAGUUGGAUUGCUUGGGUCUCUCUUAUUUUUGUCCCCCUUUCAUUUUUCUCCAGUUUCCUCACCUGAGAGACAACGUGCAUGUGUGUGCUUCAUUCUUUCCAAGAACUUGCUUUUCCUCUAAACCUUUCCUUGUGUCUUCAAGAGUGAAUCAAUUUCUUACUGCUCGAUUGGAAUGGACUCUCCACAUCAGCCAGUUCUAUAGUAGCCUUAACUCACUUGACCGGAAUUGAACCCGUGGCCCUGGGGGUUUCCUGUUGUAGCGUGUUCCUAUAAUGUAGUCCCACAUCACCACGUCGCUGACUUCCCACUUGCCUCCCUUGCUGUGGAUCUUUGCUUUUAUAUCGUGUGUGGCAAAAUGCUGUGGGCUCUCACUGGUUGCCAGCGUGGCCAAAAGUGGACCUUAUACUUAGUCUGUUCAAUCUAGGGUGAUGCUUUUUGCUGCCUUACAUAAGCUUCCAGAUUACAGUAUUGUGCAUCUAUGACUUUCCUUCUGUUAAAACUGAAAUGACGUUGAUGUAAAAGAAAAGGAACCCAGUGCGUGUCGCAGCUGAAAUGUAGGGACUGAUUCCAUAACCCGCCCAUCAGCAGCCGUCCCUUUCUGUGGCUUACCUGAUGGACACUUUAUAUACGAAGCACCAUUUUUAAUUUUCUAAGGACAUGAAACAAACAUUGUUUUGAGCAUUCGUAGUAAUCUCUAAACUUAGGCAUAUCCAUGAGCCUUGCUUCUAUUCUCUCAGAAAAAAAAAAUGUAAAUUUUUAUAUUGUUUUCUUUUUCACGGAUAUUUUCUGAUCAUGUUAAUCUAUUUUCAACGAAGGGAUCAUUUUGAGGAGUAUCUCUGCAGUGACCGUAUUUCUAGAACAGUCUUUUUGACCAACUGUGGUUGCUACCAAGCUUCCAUUUCAUUGUGGAUGGACGGUGCUGGAACUGAAUUCACCUGUUCAUCUCCCCUUCCCACUUGAUUACAGAGCCUUACUUCUGGACUCUUUUCUUUCUGUCCCAUGAGAAAGAGAAUGUUUCCCAUAAUGUCACCAUGCAGGUUGAUCCACCCUUCAAAAUCAGCUUGAAAAUGUAAAAAAUGUGUAAGAAAGACCUGUCUUCUCCACGUUAAGUCCUUAAACUCCUUCCACAAGUACCGGCUGAGUGGCACAUAGUGGAGCUUCUUAAGGCACGUUUCUUAAACUUCUGGAGAUUUCAGAACAUCAGAGAAUAGUUUUUUGGUUGUUGUUGGUUUUUUUUUUUUAAUCUAGAACACAAUGAACAAUUUAAAUAAAUUCUUAGCAUUCUCCCAAAGCAAACAGCCAGGUGUGUAGUAAAACCAAAGGGAAGCAAUAGAGUAAAAAAAAUAAUACAGUAAUAAAAUAAAGAUGUAACAUUUUAACUGGUUUUAAUAACAGAGAUCUCUUAACCUGAAGUUAUUUGCCCAGAUGUUCAUAGCACUGUUGCAAAUCGUUCACAAAAUGUAUCUAUGUUCCAUGGAACAUAGUUUUAAAAAACAUACAAUAAGUCAUGCUCCCUCAAGUCGAACCUCUGUGGAAAGCAGACAA